AUGGACGAGAAGGGUCGGCUGAUGGUGCCGGCCCCGAUUCGCAGGUCCAUCGCCGGCAACCUGAUCGUCCUGACCCGCGGGAUCGAUCGAUGCCUGUGGCUGUUUCCGCCGGAGGAGUGGAAGGAGGUUUCCACCAAGGUGGUGGGGUCUUCCUCACUGUUCCUGGCGCGGGACCGCAUGAUCCAGCGACGCUUCCUUGCUCCCGCACAGGAGAUCGAGAUCGAUCGGAGCGGGCGGAUCGCCAUUUCGCCCACUCUGCGCCACUACGCCGGAUUGCACAAGGACUGCAUCGUGCUCGGAAUCAUCAACAGCUAUGUGGAGGAGGCGGUGGUCGAUCGUCUGCGGCCGCCGCGUCCGUCCAGCACGUUCGUCGACGUCACCCUGGGCGAAGCGGGUCACGCCGCAGCGAUGCUGGACCGCUAUCCGGACAUCUUGCUGCUCGGAUCCGAUGCCGACUCGGCAUUGCUGGCGCGCAGCCGCAAGCGGCUCCACGCAUAUGCCGGGCGGUGCCGGCUGCGACAGGCGUGGUCCGAUGAGGUGCUGGGCGGGCUGGCCCCCGGUACGGCGGAUCUGAUCCUCAUGGACUUGGGAAUGUGUCGCUUCCACAUCGAGCGCAGCGCGCGGGGCUUUUCUUUUCUGCGCGACGAGCCGCUGGACAUGCGCUUCGACCCGCGUCACGGCGUAUCCGCGGCCGAUCUGAUAAACCGCAGCUCGCGUUCCGACUUGUGCGACCUGCUGACCCGCUACGGUGGUGACCGGAACGCCCGUGCGAACGCACAGGCCAUCGAGCGCGCGCGCGAGCGGCAACCGAUCGAGACCACCUACCAGUUGUCACGCGCUAUCCUGGCUCGCACCCCGUGGCGCGGGGGAAGCCAUCAUCCGGCCACCCAGGUGUUCCAGGCGUUGCGCGUAGCCGUCAACGACGAGGUCGGGAGGCUGCGGCGCUCGCUCGACGCCGCCGCCGGAGCGCUGCGUGCGGGCGGUCGCCUUGCCGUGAUCGCCUUUCACUCGAUCGACGACGGCAUCGUGAAACGAUAUCCGGCCGAGAACGCUCACGUGGCCGCGCUGACGAAACGGCCCGAGGUGCCGAGCGACGCCGAGGUGCAAACCAACCCGGCGUCGCGCAGCGCUCGCCUGCGCGUGCUGGAGCGAGUUCCGUGA